AUGCUUUGUGGCAAAGAGUGUCUGGUCGUGGUGGCUAGUAUUACGGGGAACCCGCCCAACUUUCAGCUUAGUGGAUUUGAGGAGGCUCUCGAGACGAAUCGCGACAAAGGGACCUGGCUGGGGAGCAACAAAUUGAGUUCAACUGCCCAGGCUGGUUUGCGCUCGCCUCCAGGGCCCCUGCAGGGCGCCAUGAGUCCCGACUUAGCGCUGUCUAGCGCCUGGAGUCCAUUGAAAGGUUGGGGUUGGCAGGGCAGUGCUGAGCGCGGGAAGCACACAGCACACCAGCCCAGUGUGCAUGUCUUCCUCACGCCAUUUACUCACGGCCGUCGUCCAGACUCAAUUCCAGCCCAAUUCAUCUUCCUGCGGCUUCUUCCAAACCCUCAUGAUUGCUCCGGACGAGCGCUGCAGUUCUCUAGCCCCUGGCCUGGACACGAAAAGAGCAACGGCCCAGCCUCCAAAUCUACUUUGAUCGGGCACACUUUUUUGCCUUUGGAUUUCUCUCCCGCUACGACGCAGCCGCUCGCUCUUCCCUGCACCGUCAUCUGGUCCAGCUCGGAGAAUCGCCUUCUCGUUCUUUUCAACUUCAACUCGGACGUUGAGAAGCAGGCAGGCAGAGGCUCUCGGUCCUCUCGCACGACGUAUUGCUCCGUCUCACCACCGCCAGACCGCAAGCCAGCGCGUGUUUUGGUCCUGGGGGACUGUGGCAGAGGAUUUGAAAUGUCGACACCUACAACCGCAACGGCCCUUCUCCCGCCGACUCACUACCGCCUCCACCCUCCAUACUCUUCCAACUAUCGCACAACAACCACCGCGAACUCGCUGCUGCCCACAACGGCAGUCGUCGACCACCAGCCGGCGUUGCAGAGCCCGGCUCGCCCUCAGCCCUACUACUACCAUCACCAGCCUGCCGCCAACGCGGGCUACAGUCUGCCGGAUGGCGUAGCCCAGAGCUCACAACCCGUGCCUCGACCCCCUCACGGCCACUACAGCCAUCAAGACUCCAACCCGUCCGCGACUGCUCGCUUUGACGACAGCUACGCUUCCACCAUGCCAAACACGACGACGACGAGUUCCGGCGUCGCCCCUGCCGCUGGCCGCCCUGUCGCUGAGGACCAGCCGUCCAGGAAGCGUCGGCGCUCUCGGGAGCCCGAUUGGAACAAUUUCUACCGGAACGGCCUCCCCAAGGAAAUCAUUGUCAUUGACGACACGCCCGAGCCUGAGGCCAACACGGGCCGCAAGAUCACAAAUGGUAAUGCCGUCGUGCCCGACUCGGCCGCCGCCGCCGCCGCUCAGCAGGCCGCGAAAAAGCGAAGACGAGACGACCCGCCGCUGGGCUACCACGUCCAGUAUUUGGGCGGUUCGCACACGGGCUCGCACACAAACACGCCCUUGCCCAACGCCACGCCUGCUGGCUCUACCCUCUCCAGCGACCGAACAAACUCGGCAUUGAAUACCACCGCGCCCACGUCUCUGUCGUCAAAUAGCCAGUAUGAUGAGCUGGCCGCGCCAUUAAAGCGCAAGCGCACCACCCGCCAACAGGCUGCCAACGAGGCUAAACGAAGGGAUGUUGACGGCCUGGGAGGCGCCUACAUGGCCUACAAGCCUCCCCCCUACCCUCCCAAGAAGUCUGCUGAGGUUCCCGUCAGAGUCAUUCAUGAUCGUCACUAUAGCAAAAAUGCCAAGGUCGAUGAUGAUGAUGGUCACUACAUCGUCGUCCCAGAUGCGGGACUUACUGAAAAGUACCAGAUUGUCCGUCUCCUUGGUCAGGGUACCUUUGGUAAAGUGGUCGAAGCCAGGGAUAUCAAGAGAAACAAACCUGUGGCUGUCAAGAUCAUCCGAUCCGUCCAGAAAUAUCGCGACGCUUCCAGGAUCGAGCUUCGCGUAUUGGCUACGCUCAAGGCCAACGACGAAGAGAACAGGAACCGGUGCAUUCACCUGCGAGACUGUUUCGACUACCGCGGCCACAUCUGUAUCGUCAUGGAUCUUCUGGGCCAAAGCGUUUUCGACUUUCUCAAAGGCAACGGCUUUGUACCUUUUCCCAACAGCCAGAUCCAGAACUUUGCCAGGCAACUGUUCACCAGCGUGGCAUUUCUUCACGAUUUGAACUUGAUUCACACUGACCUCAAGCCGGAGAAUAUUCUCUUGUGCGAUAACUCUUAUCAAACAUUUACGUAUAACAGGAAGAUUCCUUCAUCGUCUACCACGAUUAAUAGGCAGGCAUCUCAGCGGCGGGUGCUUCUUGACACCGAGAUUCGUCUGAUCGAUUUUGGAUCAGCCACGUUUCAAGAUGAAUACCACUCGUCGGUUGUCAGUACCCGCCAUUAUCGUGCCCCCGAGAUCAUCCUCGGCUUAGGCUGGUCUUUCCCCUGCGACAUUUGGAGCAUAGGAUGCAUCCUGGUCGAGUUUUUUACAGGCGAUGCCUUGUUCCAGACACACGACAAUCUCGAACACUUGGCCAUGAUGGAAGCCGUCGUUGGCUCUAGGAUAGAUACCCAUCUUGUCCAAGCGGUCAACAAGAUGUCUACCAGGAGUGGAGGGAAUCCCGCUUCCAAGUACUUCAAGAGACUUAGGCUCGAUUAUCCAACCCCCGACACAACUAGGGGUUCCAGACGGUUUGUUAAGGCCAUGAAGCACUUGAGCGACAUAAUACCUUCAAACUCAACCUUUUUCAAGAACUUCCUUGAUUUACUGAGGAAGAUCUUCGUCUACGAUCCUGCGCACCGCAUCACGGCCAAGCAGGCCCUCAACCACCCGUGGUUCAAAGAAAUGGCCCAGCCUGACGACGGAACAGAGGCCGCCAAGAUUCGCUUCGAACGGAGACGACUAGAGGUGGACAAGGCGAGACAGCACGCCCACUACGUUGGAUGA